AUGGGCAGAUACAAUCACACAGUGCCCACAGAAGUCAUCCUGAGUGCGGUCUCCAGCCUGCCUGAGCUGCAGGUCCCCCUCUUCUGGAUCUUCCUCAUCGUCUACGUUUGCACACUGGUGGGCAACCUGGGCAUGAUCAUUCUGACCAAGCCGGAUGCGCACUUACACACACCUAUGUAUUUCUUCAUCAGACACCUGGCUUACAUGGAUCUGGGCGAUGCCACCGCCAUUUACCCCAAAAUGCUGCUCAACUUUGCUAUGGGUCAAAAUACCAUUUCCUAUUAUGCUUGUGCCAUCCAGAUGGCCCUAUUCAUUUUGUUCAUCGUCAGUGAGCUUUUCAUCUUGCCAGCCAUGGCCUACGACCGCUACGUGGCCAUCUGCAACCCUCUGCUCUACAACGUCAUCAUGUCCCAGACAUGCUGCCAUGUGCUGGUGGGCGUUCCGUACCUCUACAGCACCUUUCAGGCUCUUCUGUUCACUAGUAAGAUUUUUACAUCAUCUUUCUGUAGCUCUCUUCUCAGUCACUUCUACUGUGAUAAUGUUUCUGCCUCAUUUAUGCUGUGCUCAAAUGGACAAGAGAUAGCAUCAUUGAUCAACCACCUUGCAAUAUUCAAUGUGACAUCCACCCUCCUGCUAGUGCUAUUGUCUUACCUUUUGAUUCUCCUAGCCGUAUAUCGAAUGCAUUCUGCAGAAGGAAGAAAAAAAGCUUUCUCUACCCGUGCGUCUCACCUGACCGUGGUGGUGGUGUUCUUUGGGACCCUUUUCUUCAUGUACGUACAGCCCAGAUCUGCUCAGUCCUCUGAAAUCAAUAUGCUAUCCUCUGUGCUUUACACGCUGGUGGUCCCCAUGCUCAACCCACUGAUCUACAGCUUUCGAAACAAAGAAGUAAAGAAUGCCUUCUACAGGGUCUUUGGGAAGAAGUGUAAAGUUUGUGUUUAG